GGUUUUUGUAUAUCGCACUGAUUUCAGGACCAACAUGGCUGAUGGUGUGAUGUGUGUCCCAGGUCAGAGGUUAAGUCGAGCAGAGGAUUCUGUAGUGGCUGGCAGUGGAACAUACAAGAGGAAUGGUUUUAUUUACGCCAGUGUAGUCGGAUUUCUUGAAGAGACCACACAAGCGGACACUGGGCAUAAAGUGAUCAGUAUAAAUACAGAAGGACUACAGAAUGUUAUACCAGACAUAGACGCUAUUGUAACUGCCAGAGUGACCAAUGUUAACCCCAGAUUCUGUAAAUGUGAUAUCCUUAGUGUCGGUACCAUCCAGUUGUCUGAUGUUUACAGGGGGAUGAUCAGGAAAGAAGAUGUUAGAGCCACAGAGAAAGAUAAAGUUGAGAUGUACAAAAGUUUUCGGCCUGGUGAUAUCAUCAUAGCUCGUGUUAUAUCUUUGGGAGAUUCACAGUCCUACAUUUUAAGUACAGCAGAGAAUGAACUUGGUGUGGCUAUAGGACUGAGUGAAGCAGGUAGUGUUUACUUACUGUUUACAUUUAAGGAACUUGGUGUGGCUAUAGGACUGAGUGAAGCAGGUAGUGUUUACUUACUGUUUACAUUUAAGGAACUUGGUGUGGCUAUAGGACUGAGUGAAGCAGGUGUCAGGAUGACCCCAGUCAGCUGGUGUAAGAUGCAGUGUCCCAAGACUUUAACUGAAGAGUAUCGUAAAGUGGCUAAAGUCCGGCCGGAGUUCAUAAAAAUUAAACAUGAAAGCUAAUGUUAUCUUGUUGGGUUUUUGUAUAUUGUUUUUAAAUCUAUUUUAAUAUGACAUUAAAUACCAAAUGUAUUGUU